UCAGUCACAGGCAGAGGCUGGCUGCCCGCCUGCCGGCUUCCUUCCCCAGCCAGAGAGGACUUCUGCAGAGCCAGAUAAAGAAACUGAGGCCAGGAGAGGCAGUGACUGGCUCGAGGUCACACAGUGAUUUCCGGGGAAAGCCGGCCCUGGAAGUCAGGCUCUUGUUUGGAGGACCUUCACUGCUGUGACGGACCUGUCUUCCCAGCAGGUGGCAGGGCCAUGAAGGGGGAGCCUGCUCCAGAGCUGGGUUGUUGCCACAAGACCAAGCCCCUGGGGAGCACAGGGGCUUCUCUGUCCCCCUACCUGGACUCCCAGCUCUGCCAAGAUGGCCAGGUCUUCCCAGCCUUCAAGCCACAUCCAGACACAGUGGAUUCUCAUGAUCAGUCCUGGGCCAGCUGGCUGUGCCCAUGGCCACUGGCACCGGCCAAGUCUGCCCUGCUGGCCUGCCCCCGGGGCCUGGACCUAUACCUGUGCGCCCUGCAGUCGGCAACCCUGGCAACAGCCCCACAGAGUCUCAGGGAGGAUGCUUUGAGCACACGGCACCUGCCACCAAGGCUGCCUGCCAGCUCCUCCAGUGGCGAGAAACUCCCACCCAAGUGUCCUCCGAGCAGUGACAAGAUGGGAAGCCAGACAGAAAGAGCUGGCGGGGGGGCCCCCUGCCCAUCCUUCUCUCCUCCCAACAGCUCUUCCCCAAAUUCUUGGCAAAAUAAGAAGAGCCCCUUGGCUUUCUGCUCCUGCCCCCCAACCCCACCCAGCUCCAAAGAACUCUCCUCCCACUUCCGCCCAUUCUAUCCUGCCUACCCAUUUUUCCUGCCCGCUCCUUACCUGGUCACAUGUGGGAGCCUACCUUCAAUGCCGUGUCCCCCCCGCUUCAAGCUGCCCCAAGACACCCCCUACGCCACCAUGGCUGUGCCCAGCUUGCUGAUUAAUGUCAAUGAGCCCAAGCACCCCAGCACCUGGGGGGAGACCCUGCGCCCCUACCCAGGGGCCUGUCAAGACUCCGGCCAAACCCAACCCUCCCAGAGCCAGAAUCUGGGCCUUGCCACUGCCAGGACCUACUCCACAGGGCCGGAGCGGGCUGGAAGGGUGGCUGCAGGAAAGCGGGCCCCACUGGGCUCCCAGGCUGGCUCUGCGGCACUGCCUUACCCACUGAAGAAAGAGAACGGCAAAAUCCUGUAUGAGUGCAACGUGUGCAGUAAGAGCUUCGGGCAGCUCUCCAACCUCAAGGUCCAUCUGCGAGUGCACAGUGGGGAGCGCCCGUUCCAGUGCGCCCUGUGCCAGAAGAGCUUCACCCAGCUCGCCCACCUGCAGAAGCACCACCUGGUGCAUACUGGGGAGCGGCCCCACGAGUGCCCGAUGUGUGACAAGCGCUUCAGCAGCUCCAGCAACCUGAAGACCCACCUGCGCCUGCACUCGGGCACCCGGCCUUUCCAGUGCAGUGUCUGCCCGAGUCGCUUCACCCAGCUCGUUCACCUGAAGCUGCACCUUCGUCUGCACGCCCCACGGCCCUGCGGCCUGGCUCACACCCACCUGCCCCUGGCAUCUCUCACCUACCUUGCCCGCUGGCACCAGGGGGCCCUAGAUAUUCUGGCAGCACCAUCAGAGAGGCAGAUGGACUGGGACAUGGACAAGGUCAAGGUGUCCUCAGCAUCCCAGGGCAAGUAAGGGCCUGAGCCAUGGUGCCAGGACUGCCCUAGGGAGGGAGCAGGGGUGGAGCAAUGAAAGGAUUUUCUCUACGAUGAAUUGAGGCCUCCUGAGCUUCAAUAGUGCAGGGGGAGGUCAGAGUGUAUUUGCCAGACUUCACGUCCCACUCCACCUGGCAGGUCAUGGGACACAGCCAGGAAGAGACUAUGCUGCCCACCGUGUGUGUGUGUGUGUUGGGGGGCGCCUGCAGCCACCUACGUCUGGCU